AUGAACAACCCCAACUGGAAAAAAUUCAGCAACCAGCUCAACCAGCUGCAGCGACAGGCCCAGAAGGGUGCCGGAGGUGCCGGAGGCCCCAAGUUUGUCGGCGUCGGAGGCCUGGUCGUUCUGGCAAUUGCUGCCGCCACCAUCAACUCGUCUCUUUUCAACGUGGAUGGUGGUUCUCGAGCCAUCAUGUACAACCGAAUCGGCGGUAUCUCUCCCCGAAUUUACCCCGAGGGAACCCACAUUGCCAUUCCCUGGUUCCAGAGCCCCAUCAUCUACGACGUGCGAGCCAAGCCUCGAAAUGUGGCUUCUCUGACCGGUACCAAGGAUUUGCAGAUGGUCAACAUCACCUGCCGAGUGCUGUCUCGACCCAGCAUCUCGGCUCUGCCUACUAUCUACCAGACCCUUGGCAAGGACUACGACGAGCGAGUUCUGCCCUCUCUGGUCAACGAGGUGCUCAAGUCUGUGGUGGCCCAAUUCAACGCCUCCCAGCUGAUCACCCAGCGAGAGCGAGUCUCCCGGUUGGUCAAGGAGCAACUCAUCAAGCGAGCCUCCAAGUUCAACAUCCUGCUGGAUGACGUGUCACUCACAUACAUGACCUUCUCGCCCGAGUUCACCGCCGCCGUCGAGGCCAAGCAGAUUGCCCAGCAGGAGGCCCAGCGAGCCGCCUUCAUUGUCGACCGAGCUCGACAGGAGAAGCAGGGAGCCAUUGUCAAGGCCCAGGGAGAGGCCCGAUCCGCCGAGCUGAUUGGUGAUGCCAUCAAGAAGUCCAAGGACUACGUUGAGCUCAAACGUCUGGAUACCGCCCGAGAGAUUGCCCACGUGCUUGCCAAGUCCGGCAACAAGAUCAUGCUGGAUAACGACUCUCUGCUUCUCAACGUGGCUAACGAUUUUAGAUCGAAGAAGUAA